AACUUCAGUAUCGCUUCUCGGCCUUUUGGCUAAGAUCAAGUGUAGUAUCUGUUCUUAUCAGUUUAAUAUCUGAUACGUCCUCUAUCCGAGGACAAUAUAUUAAAUGGAUUUUUGGAGCUAGGAGAUGGAAUAGGAGCUUGCUCCGUCCACUCCACGCAUCGACCUGGUAUUGCAGUACUUCCAGGAACGGUGCACCACCCCUUCGGGGGAAUAAAUGGUUUUUCAAAAUAAGAACUUGGUGUUGUUUAGACUUAUAUCUCUGAUAUUUGUACUUUGUGUGACGUUCAGAUGCAAAGUUAAUGACCUGUGUUUUUCAUUUUUAUUAAUACAAAAGCACGGAAGUUUUUUCGCUUAGUGUAUAAAUAUUUUCUUGGGUAAAUUUUAUGGAAGACUAUUUAUAGUACGAGCCCGCGAAAGCUUGAUAGGGCUAAGAAAUGUAAGAACAACACAGGUUGGUUGUAAGAAAACAAGAUGUACAUGAUGCUUCGGAGCCGGGAGACGGACUAGGUCUGGCUUCAGGCGACGCGGUCCGGUUAGGAUGCCUUCCACUCCAAGUGCAAAACUGUCAAGUUACUCUUCAGAUCACAAGUUAUCUCCAGAUUUCGUCUUCGUAAAGCAAAACCAGCUGGCGAAGUUAGGGGAUCUUUACUCUUCCAGCUUUUUGUUUGUUUUUGAGUGAUCUCUACACCCAACCUGGGGGCUCAAACUCGAGACCCCGAGAGCAAAAGUCGCCAACUCUUCGCACGGAACCAGCCAGGUUCUUUCCUUCCGGCUCCUUAAACUCCAGGAGAGGGCGUUCCUCCCGAUGGCGCUCGGCGCGCGCUGGUGACGCCAACACUGCGCCGGAAGUACGCGCCGUGGGCUGCGGCGCUCCGCUAUGGCGGCUGCUGGGGCUCGCUGGAACCAUGUGUGGGUGGGCACCGAGACCGGGAUUCUGAAAGGGGUGAACCUUCAGCGCAAACAGGCGGCGAACUUCACGGCGGCAGGACAGCCGCGGCGCGAGGAGGCGGUGAGCGCCCUGUGCUGGGGCGCGGGCGGCGAGACUCAGAUCCUGGUGGGUUGCGCCGACAGAACGGUGAGGUACUUCAGCACCGAGGAGGGCCGAUUCCAGGGCCAGAAGCACUGCCCUGGCGGGGAGGGCACGUUCCGAGGUCUUGCCCAGGUCGACGGCACCCUUAUCACAUGUGUGGAAUCUGGGAUUAUCCAAGUCUGGCACAACAAUGACAAGGAGGCAUCCUUUGACCCACUCCUGGAACUGAGUGUGGGUCCUGGGGUGUGUAGGAUGCGCCAAGACCCGGCACACCCCCACAUGGUUGCCACGGGUGGGAAAGAGAAUGCUUUGAAGGUGUGGGACCUACAGGGGUCUGAGGAGCCUGUGUUCAGGGCCAAGAAUGUACGGAAUGACUGGCUUGACCUGCGGGUUCCCAUCUGGGAUCAGGACAUACAGUUCCUCCCUGGGUCUCAGAAGCUUGUCACCUGCACAGGGUACCACCAGGUCCGUGUCUAUGAUCCAGCCUCCCCCCAGCGCCGGCCAGUCCUGGAGGCCACCUAUGGAGAGUACCCACUUACAGCCAUGACCCUCACUCCUGGGGCCAAUUCAGUGAUCGUGGGGAACACUCAUGGGCAGCUGGCAGAGAUUGACCUUCGGCAAGGGCGCCUCCUGGGCUGUCUGAAGGGGCUGGCAGGCAGUGUCCGAGGAUUACAGUGCCACCCUUCAAAGCCCCUACUAGCCUCCUGUGGCUUGGACAGAGUCUUGAGGGUACACAGGAUCCGGAAUCCACGGGGCCUAGAGCAUAAGGUUUAUCUCAAGUCUCAACUGAACUGCCUUCUCUUGUCAGGCAGGGAUAACUGGGAGGAUGAGCCCCAAGAGCCCCAAGAGGCCAAAAAGGCGCUCCCAGAAGACACAGAGACAGAUGAACUUUGGGCCUCCUUGGAGGCAGCUGCCAAGCGGAAGCUCCCUGAUUUGGAGCCGACCCAAGGGGCUCUCCAAACCAGACGGAGAAAAAAGAAGCGGCCUGGGUCCACCAGCCCCUGAAGAGCCUGUGCUCACUUGGUAAAUAAACAUCUCAGCACCCA